CACGUGCCGAACCUUUGUGCUUGACAUCUGAAAGCCGACGACGAUGAGUCUCUGGGAGCCGUACUUUGAUCGAAGUGAAGAUGUGGACAUCAAUGGGGAUGUGUUCAAGGUAUUCUACGCAGGGUCGCAAGGACCUUGGAUUGUGCUGCUGCAUGGCGGAGGCCAUACAGCCUUGACUUGGUGCUUGACAACUGCGAUUCUGAAGCAACAUUGUCGUGUGUUGGCGUUCGACUUCCGCGGCCACGGACUGUCGCAAUGCACGAAUGAUAGCGAUUUGUCCGAGGCAACUCUCGUGUCGGACACGAUCAAUAUCCUCAAGCGAUGUGUUCCAGAGGAGUCCUCGUCGUCCCCUUCGAGGACACCAAUGAUUCUCGUUGGCCACAGCAUGGGAGGCGCCAUCGCAAUCCGUGUCGCAGCCACUAGGCAACUACAAUCCCUCGGCGGCAUGGUCGUGAUCGAUGUCGUGGAGGGGACUGCGUUAGCGGCAUUGAGUCACAUGCAAGGCAUCUUGAACCGACGACCAUCGCGGUUUGGAAGCCCUGAGGAAGCCAUCAAGUGGAGUCUACAAACUGGCGCUGUGCGGAACGCCGAGUCAGCGCGGGUUUCCAUUCCUUCGCAACUGCACCAGGAAUCCACGGGCGAGUGGACCUGGCGCACCGAUCUCUUUGCGAGCGCUCAGUACUGGACAGGGUGGUUUACCGGCAUCAGCAGCUUGUUUUUGAACGUGGCUGUGCCCAAAGUGCUGCUUUUAGCAGGCACCGACCGCCUUGACACCGAGUUAACGCGGGGCCAAAUGCAGGGCAAGUUUCAGCUGUUGCUCCUGUAUGGCAGCGGCCACGUUAUUCAAGAGGACUGCCCAGACAAGACAGCGCAAUCCUUGCUCGAGUUCUGCGGCCGCCUCACACCGAUCGCGGGCCUGCAAACCCAGCGCGACAUUCUGGCGGAAAAAUUAGCGAGAGCGCGGGGCUUCGUUCCCCAGAGAUAGUCAUGAUAUUGGAAAUGGACAAAUCGACUCAAUUGAACACAAUACUGCACAGCAAGAUGGCUGCAAUGAUUGAGAACGGACCCCACGUCAGUAGAAACCCUCGCAGGUUGACGAAGCCCCCGUUGAACAAACAGUAGAAGCACAAGACUACCAUGUUCCAGUUGGAACCCCACACGCAUGGGUACCCCAUUGAGUUGAGGCAUCGCGCAACGUGCGAGUGGCAGUUAUCGCAGCAAAUAUUGUGCAUGCGCUUCUUGUACACGUCGCACCCCUGUCGCACUCCUUCGUCCCACGCGUCUUCACUCACGGAAGCAGGGAGGGUCAGCUGGAGGUACCGCGUUGGCCGGCCAAAAGCAAAGUUGUCUUCGCCAAUGUAAUACGGCCCGGCAAAGUCGUAGAUGAUCCCGUUCGAGUCUGCAAUCCCCAUGUGUCCGAUAAACGGGAAGAACCAUGAAAUCAGCGGUAGCGGCGUCCACACGAUGCUGAACGGAUACCGGUCGUUGCCUACGUCGACGCGUCGGGGGUUCGUCGGCGCCUUGUCCAUCUUGGUGAAGUUCAGCUGCGUUGGGAUGGCAUAUCCGGAUAAACGGCUUAUCCGCAUACGACACAUUCCACGAUUCGAA